AUGCCUCCGCCCAAAAAACCAAAAACCGGCCGCACGUCUAUCGACCAGUUUCUCUCUAACGAGGAGCAGAUGAUUCGGAAUGGAUACAGUAGGGAUCGAUGUUGGUCCUACUCUAGUCGGGAUUCCACAGACAGUAUUCGGAAUCGAAGUGGAUCCACUUCCGGUGAUUCCGACAUUCGGGAUCGUACGAAUUCCUAUUCGGGUGAAUCUGACAUCAGUCGGGGCUCCCCCCGACAAAGCAUUGACUUGGAUUGUUCAUCGUUUAACGGAGAAAGUCGAACAGCAGGAUUAAAACUGUUAAGAGAAUUGAUAAUAAAGAAAAAAGAAACAGAAGAACAAAGAGUGCCUGGGAGUAGUUGUGGCGAACAAUCUCCAGUAAGCGGAAGUGCGUCACCAACGAACUCAAAUGCAUCCGAAAAGAUUCACGACGUUGAUGCGAAAUCUCCCCAGUAUAAAAUAGAAAAAGUUGAGAAAUUUGAAAACGAAGAAAAAAUUGACCGGAAAUCCACUCCUGAUCCGCUACCACCUGCCGCAGAAAAACGUGAAGUUUUAGUGGUGCCGACCAUUGAGGAAAAAACUAAAUCGCCCAACAAAAAUAGCAAUGCUUCCGUUCUCGGUAAGAAGAGUGAUGAUAAACUUCUAAAUAAUCUUGUGGCGUCAUCGCUGAUAACGUCACGUGCGAACGGUAUGCCAGUGACGACAGUACCAAGUUACCUCUCGCCUUACUAUUACGGACACUCGUCGUUGAUUUCAUCAAUGUAUACCAACGGCAUGGAAACGGAGCCACGGGAUUUAUCGCGCAAGGUGCCCAAGACUGAGAACAGCAUGGAGGCAAGAUACUUCGAUAGUUUGUCUUUAGGCCUAAGUGAUAGUAACAUCCAUCCGUAUAUGCACUUUAAUAUAAAUCCUUAUAAAAGUGUAUCUACAGCAAACGAAAAACAGUAUUUGGAGGCUAGAAAAAACUUGGUUGGUAUGUUGAAGGAGCCCCGUUUCAGCAGUUCCGGUCAUGUUGGCUACCCUACACCGCCAGCAGAAAAGGAAGUGACGUUUGGUGGGGCGUUCCCUUUCUUCGUAAACGGCUACGAUCUACACAGGGAUUCCCUUGAUAAGAUGACCCCCAAGGACGAACACCCGGGGGUAGGCAGUAUGAUGUCGCCUGGGAAUUACCUAUCAGUUUCGCACCUGAUGCCCCCAUCGAGCCAUGUUCCUUCAUCCACGACCUCCGACAUGAGGGACCAUGAAGGUUCCCUUCUCCCCCUCCUCGACGCCUCCAUGUCCUACGCCGGAAGCAGGAAGUUCAAGCAGCACACGAGUCCAACAGGUGCUAACACAAACAAGUUAUGCCAGGUGUGUAACGACAAUGCGUCAGGCUUUCAUUACGGUGUGUGGUCCUGCGAGGGAUGCAAGGCAUUCUUUAAGAGGAGUAUACAGGGGCCAGUUGAUUAUGUGUGUCCAGCAACCAACACUUGCACCAUCGAUAAACACAGACGAAAGAGCUGCCAGGCGUGCAGACUGCGUAAAUGUUAUGAGGUCGGCAUGAACAAAGGGAGUCAGAGGAAAGAUAGAAAGAGCUGUCUGAACAUGGGCAAGCAAACGACAAAGAGAAGUCGUGCGGAUUCCAUGGACAAUACCGUAAACUCAACAAGUGGAAGUCCAAAUCCAGCAAAGAGUCCGAGACGAUCGCAGACAUCUAUUAUACUGGAUAUUUUGGCCAAGGCGGAUUUGCCUACGAUUGAGAGUUUCCACAAUCAUAGUGUGCCACCCACGAAGGUGCAUUUACUAAACUCCCUUACUAAGCUGUCCGAACGAGAGCUGGUCCAUCUUAUCAACUGGGCCAAGAAUGUUCCAGGCUACACCGAUCUGUCCCUAAGUGAUCAAGUCCAUCUUAUCGAAUGCUGUUGGAUGGAACUCCUGUUGUUGAACUGUGCAUAUCGGUCGAUGGACCAUGGUGGAAAACGGCUGGCGUUUGCUUCCGAUCUUAUACUAGAGAGGCCCCAUUGGGAGACGGUUGGGAUGUCCGAAAUAUUUGAACAAGUUGCGGCUGUCUCUGAACAGAUGGUUCAAUGUCAUCUUCACAAGGAUGAACUUCUCCUGCUUCAGGCUACAGUUCUCGUGAACGCCGAAGUCCGAAAGCUGGCCAGCUGUAGUAAGAUACACGACAUGAGACAGUCGAUAUUAGAUGCCUUAGUUGACACCGCUCAAAAAUAUCAUCCAGACAACCUGAGACACGUGCCGUCCAUUCUUCUGCUUCUCACGCAUCUACGACAAGCUGGCGAAAGGGGUAUCGCAUACUUUCAAAAACUGAAAAACGAGGAAACUGUGUAUUUCUGUGACUUAUUAAAAGAAAUGUUGGAUGCACAGGACUAUUCUGAAAAGCGGACAGGUAAUGAAGGAGAGUGA